AGCGUGUGCGGCGCGGGGAUGAUGCGGGUCGGAGCAUCAGCCGGGGACUUUCCCCGCACCGGAGAAGUCCACACGGGGACCACCAUCAUGGCUGUUGAAUUUGACGGGGGCGUUGUGGUGGGUUCAGAUUCUCGGGUAUCUGCAGGACGGGCAGUGGUGAACCGAGUGUUUGACAAGCUGUCGCCCCUGCAUGACCGUAUCUACUGCGCGCUCUCUGGCUCGGCUGCUGACGCCCAGGCCGUGGCUGACAUAGCUGCCUACCAGCUGGAACUCCAUGCGAUGGAACUGGAAGAACAGCCACUUGUAAUGGCUGCUGCUAAUGUGGUGAAAAAUAUCACCUAUAAACAUCGAGACGACCUGUCGGCACAUCUCAUGGUGGCUGGCUGGGAUCACCGUGAAGGAGGCCAGGUUUAUGUUACCCUGGAAGGAAUGCUGACUCGACAGCCAUUUGCCGUCGGUGGCUCUGGCAGCACCUACAUCUACGGUUAUGUGGACGCAGCAUAUAAACCAGGCAUGACUCCUGAGGAGUGCAGGCGCUUCACUACGGAUGCUAUCACUCUGGCCAUGAACCGAGAUGGCUCUAGUGGGGGUGUCAUCUACCUGGUCACUAUUACAGCUGCUGGUGUGGACCAUCGAGUAAUUUUGGGCGAUGAGUUGCCAAAAUUCUAUGAUGAAUGA